UACAUUUCUGAGGGUCACACUGCUGCAAGUAUUGUUGCAAUAAAAAGGCGUCAAGUCUCGAAUUUUGCUGCCCCCUGCCUGGUCAUGGAGGUGGACCAAUUGUCCCUGGCCGAUGUGGUCUUUGUCAUCGAGGGCACCGCCAUCAACGGUGCGUACAUCAACGAGCUGAAGACGAACUACAUUCUGCCCACGCUGGAGCACUUCACCACGGGCUCCAUUGACGAGCGGGAGUAUCUGAUAGCGGAGCGAUUUGCCACCCUUUACGGCAUUGUCAUAUACCGCACGGCCUCCAAUCUGCUGGAGCCGGUGUGCGCCACCUACGGACCCUUCCUGCAGCCCCAGAAGGUGAUGGAGACGAUCGAGCGUCUGCCGUUGGUUGGGGGCGGCAUGGAGUCGUGUGCCCACAUGGCCGAGGGCUUUGCCGCCGCCCAUGGCUGCUUUGAGGACAUCAGCGAGCGCCGCCAGAUGCUCGACCAGACCAAUGUCCAGCGUCAUUGCAUACUCAUCUGCAACAGUCCGCCGUAUCAGAUGCCGGUGACAGAGUCGUGGAAAUAUCUGGGCAAGUCGUGCGAGCAGCUGGCAGGGCUGUUCAACGAGCGGAAGAUCAAUUUGUCGAUCAUUGCACCGCGCAAAAUGCCGAUACUCUUCAAGUUGUUCAUGAAGGCGGACGGCGAUCAGCCGAUUACCAGCAAGAACUACGCCAAAAACAUUCGUCAUUUGGUUCUGCUGAAGGGAUACAGCCUGAAGGAGCGUGCCGCCAGUCCCAAUAGCAUGGCUGCUCAAAUGGCAGCCCCGAACACAGCUCAGGCUGCGGUCCAACAGCAGCAACAGCAGCAGCAGCAACAACAACAGCAGCAGCAGAAUCCAGGCGGACAACAGCAGGCGGGUCCGGGUAUGCCAAUGGACACCACACCAGCACAACAGCAGCAGCAGCAACAACAGGGAGGUCCGCCCCAGCAGCAGCAGGUGAUGAACAUGAAUCCAAUGCAACAGCAGCAACCGGGUCCCAAUCCUCAGGCGGGUCUACUGAAUCCUCAACAGCAGCAACAACUGUUGGCACAGCAGCAGCAGAAUCAAUUUGUGCCCCAAAACCAGAUGCAGAAUCCCAAUUUUCAGCAAAAUGUGGUGCCUGGACAGAAUCGUUGGAUAUAUCCGAAUCAACAGGGACAGGCUCGUCCGCCAUUCAUGCAGCAGGGUGCUGGAGGUGGUGGCGGUAACAUGCAACAGCAGUUACAGCAGCAGCAGCAGCAGCAGCAACAACAGCAGCAGCAGCAGAAUGCCAAUUCUGCGCUUAUUUCCAGGAUCAAUGCCCCGCCAAAUCAGACGGUGAACUCUCUGCAGCAACAGCAGCAGCAACAAAGAUUGCAGAUGCUUAAUCAGCAGCAAUUUAAUCAGCAGCUGCAACAGCAAUUGGCACAACAGCAGCAGCAGCAAGGGCAGCAACAGCAAGGGAAUCCCAAUGCCAGCAACAUGAUGCCGGCAGUAUCCAAUGCGGGAAAUAUGCCCAAUCCACAGCAGCAGCAGCAAGUGGCGCAACAGGCCCAACAGAAUCCCCAACAGCAGGCACAAGUUCAGGUCCAACAGCAGCAGCAACAACAACAACAACAAUCGAAUCCCCAACAGCAGCAGGAGCAGGCCUCCUUGAGAGAGAAAAUCUGGACAGGUCUAUUGGAAUGGUCGGAGAAGCCGAAAAAUGAUCAACAGAAGAUACCCCACACGCUUCAGUGCACUGUCUGUACCAACAUCAAGGAUGGGGAGCCAGAGAUCAAGGCGGAGAAUUGGCCACCGAAGCUACUGAUGCAACUGAUGCCCAAACAUUUGGUAGGCAACAUUGGGGGGCAGUUUCUAAAGGACUCCAAGAUGGUUGUCUUUCGGCCGACGCCCGGCGAGGCGCUCGAUUCCUUGGCCAAGAUGAUGACCUCCGGCUAUGCCGGCUGCGUGCACUUCUCCUCAAUGCCAAAUGCCCCCGCCUGCGAGCUCAAGGUUCUCAUACUCCUCUAUACACCGGAUCGGAAUGCCUUCUUGGGUUUCAUACCCAACAACCAGGCCAUGUUUGUGGAGCGACUGCGGAAGGUCAUACAACAGAAGCAGCAUGGCAACAUGCAGCAGCAACAGCAGCAGCAGAUGCUCCAGCAGCAGGGGAAAUCCCCCAUGGAGCUGCAACAGCAGCAGCAGCAGCAACAACAACAACAGCAGAUGCAGCAGCAGGACAACUCCCAACAGCAGCAGCAGCACUACAAUCAAUAUCAACUGAAUAUGCAAAUGCAGGGCGGUGGUGGACCCGGUCCAGGUGGCGGUGGCGGACCCGGUCCUGGCGGCGUCGGCAUGCCCAUGCAACAGAAUCAAAUGCAAAUGAACAUGAUGCAGCAACGAAUGCCCCUGGGUGUUGGCGUGGGUGUGGGUGUGCCCGGCGGCGUGCCUAAUCCGAAUCUGCAGCAACAAUUGCAACAGCAGGUGGCACCCAAUGUGGCGGCGAUGCAACAGCAGGCGGCGCAGCAGCAGCGCAUGGUUCGGCCCAUGAUGAGCAACAAUAAUCCCGGAUUGCGGCAGCUACUCCAACACCAGACGACGCCUGGCAACCAAUUCCGUCCCCAGAUGGGCGGUGGCGUCCAGAAUCCCAAUCAAAUGGGCGGCGCCGGCGGUCCCAUGGUCGGCAAUCGCAAUUUCGACGAUAGCAACUACGAAUUCAUGUAGAGAAACUCACUCUACCUUAUUUUAUUGUGUCGUGUCCAAAAACAUUCUCUUGCUCUUUAUCUUAAGCAUAUUGUCACAUUCGUAAAAUCGUACUUGAGAUUUUAAUUUAUUUUUUUUUAUUUUCGAUACACACUACGUUUCAGACAGAACAGAACCCUUAAUAUAUGUAG